AUGCCGCCUGAAUUCAACCAAUGUAAAGCCCAACCUGAAGAUAUCUUGCAUGUGGUGUGGGGCUGUGUGGAGGUUGAAGGUGUAUGGAGGAACCUCAGUUGGGUUUGGGACCAAGCUCAUCCCCCUCCUGGGGACUUCACUAACUUUAUUUCAAGGUUCUUGCAGGUUGUUGAUGAGCACAGGGCUGAGUACUUCAUCAUUAUGGCGUGGAUGCUGUGGAAUAGGCGUAAUUUAGUUCGUCUCAAUCGCCCUGCACAGACUCUGGAGUACAUCACAAGAGCGGCUGGCAAUUUUCUUCAGGAUUUCCUUAAAGCGCAGGAGCCCGUGCAAGUGACAAGACAAGCUGCCACCGUCCACCAUUGGUGUCCACCUCCCCAUGCCAGAUUCAAAGCCAACUUCGACGGUGCGGUCUUCCAAAGUAGCAACGAGGCGGGUAUCGGAGUGGUGAUCCGUGACCACAGAGGUGAAAUCAUUGGCUCCCUAUCUUUGCAUAUGCCCCUCCCUCCAACGGUAGCUGAAGUCGAAGCACUCGCAUGUUGCCGAGCUGUUCUGUUUGCAAAGGAACUGUGUCUUCAUGAGGUGCUUUUUGAGGUUGAUUCGCAGAUUGUUAUCAACGCCCUUGCAGAUGGUAGAGCUGAACAAUCCACUUAUGGUCAUAUUAUUGUUGACAUCCUUUAUGAGGCAGCCCAGUUAAGUUUUUCAGAGUUUGUGUAUUUUAAUUGCAAUUGCAAUAGAGUUGCUGAUGCAAUGGCGAAAAAGGCCAAACCUGGUUUAGAAUUUCAAGUUUGGUUAGAGGACAUCCCAGAGGAGUUUGUUCCUUUGGUUCUUGCUGACAUUUCUUAA